AUGAAGCCAUCCUCUAAUGCUUCUCAAUAAGCAAAUCAGUGGGCUUUGAAAAAGAAGGAGCAAAUGGAAAAGGCUGCUCAGAUGAGAGCAGAACGAAAAUUAGCUGCAACUGGAGAAAUGGCUUUGGGUAAUAAACCAAAUUAUGAUUACGACAAACCUCCAAGCUAGAAUUCUUAAAAACAAUAUUAUUAACCUGAUUUAGGUAAUAAUAACGUACGAUAACAACAAUAUGGGCAGUAGUAAUUUUAAAUGAAUGAUAUUGGUUUUCAAAAUGUUUAGCCUAACCGGCAAUCAUCCUUAGGAAAGCAACAACCCUAACCCUCUUAUGAUAAGUAUGGAUAUAAUUAAAACAAUUAAUUUUCAAAUAAUAAACCGCCUAGUUAGGAAGGAUAAAGAAAAGUUCAAUAGGGUGUUUAAGCUAAGCCUUAAAUGAAUUAAGCCUAACAGAGUAGAUAAUAAUAUGGUAAAAUUGAGGAUGACUAUGAUUAUUAAAAUAGAUAAUAUGGACAACCUAAACAAUAAUAAUAAUAAUAACAAUAUAAUGCAAAACAGCCUCCACCAGUUUAAAAACAAUAAUAAUACAGACCACCAUCAGGUACUUAUGAUUAAUCUAAUGGAUAUAAUAAACCUUCAAAUUAAUCAAUUAAACCGCCUGUUCAAUCAAAUAAACAACCGGCAAACAAUAAAUAAUAAAGUAAUCUUAGAACUAAUUAAUAACCCACUUACCAACCAUAAUAAUAGUACUACAAUCCAAUCGAUGACAUUCCAAUUAAAAAAAGUGAUAAUAUUCCUAAUAUAAAUAUUCAAAAUCCUGAACCAUUAUAUGAAUGUUCAAAGGGUUGUGGCAGAUCUUUUGCAAAACUUGCUUUAUAAAAACAUGAAAAGAUUUGUGUGAAAGUAUUCCAAAAAUAAAGAAAACAAUUUGAUGCAUAGAAACACAGAAUUAUUAGUAAUGAACAAAUAAGUCAUAUUAAAAACUAAGAUAAGAUUGAAUAAAAAUAUGAAAAAGCCUUAGCUAAGAAACAAAACUGGAAAAAUCAAUCCGAAGCCUUUAGAGCUGCCAUUAUUGCUGCAAAAGGUGGAAAGCUGACUAAAGAUCAAAAGAAUGCAAUGUAAGAGGCUAGCAAAUCAAAUUUAGUCUAAUGCAACUAUUGUGGAAGAAGCUUCAAUUAAUAAGCAGCCGAAAGACACAUUCCUUUUUGUGCUUAAAAAUCAAAGAUUCCUCCCAAACAACCAUAAAAAAGGAGAUGA